GAGCCCAAGCCAAACCAAACCAAUUCAACCGCGACCCAACCCCACCCGCCAUUCCCACCACCACCGCCGCCCGCCUCCCCCUCCCCCGCAGAUCCGCGCGCGCUCGCGCCGCAGCCCCGAUGACGGCCAAGGGCGGCGCCUCGCCGUCGCCUGGCGGCGCGGGGGCCGCGGCCAACGGCCGCUUCUUCACGGUGGGGCUCGUCACCGCCUGGUACUCCUCCAACAUCGGCGUGCUCCUGCUCAACAAGUACCUGCUCAGCAACUACGGCUUCAAGUACCCCAUCUUCCUCACCAUGUGCCACAUGUCCGCCUGCGCGCUCCUCUCCUACGCCGCCAUCGCCUGGCUCCGGAUCGUGCCCAUGCAGCUCGUCCGCUCCCGCGUCCAGCUCGCCAAGAUCUCCGCGCUCAGCCUCGUCUUCUGCGGCUCCGUCGUCUCCGGGAACGUCUCGCUCCGCUACCUCCCCGUCUCCUUCAACCAGGCCGUCGGCGCCACCACGCCCUUCUUCACCGCCGUGUUCGCCUACAUCAUGACCGUCAAGCGCGAGUCAUGGAUCACCUACCUCACCCUCGUACCCGUCGUCACCGGCGUCGUCAUCGCCAGCGGAAGUGAGCCUAGCUUUCAUCUGUUUGGAUUCAUCAUGUGCAUUGGAGCCACUGCUGCAAGGGCAUUGAAGACGGUGUUGCAAGGAAUUCUUCUGUCUUCUGAGGGGGAGAAGCUUAAUUCUAUGAAUCUGCUCUUGUACAUGGCUCCAGUUGCUGUUAUUCUCUUGCUUCCUGCCACUCUCUUUAUGGAGGAUAAUGUUGUUGGCGUUACAAUUGAACUGGCGAAAAAGGAUUUCACCAUUGUUUGGUUGCUGUUAUUUAACUCUUGCUUGGCAUAUUUCGUCAACUUGACCAAUUUCUUGGUGACCAAACAUACUAGUGCAUUGACUCUACAGGUCCUUGGUAAUGCAAAAGGUGCUGUGGCAGUUGUGGUCUCAAUUCUGAUAUUCAAGAACCCUGUGUCUAUCACCGGAAUGCUUGGUUACACUCUCACAGUUAUAGGAGUCAUUCUUUACAGUGAAUCCAAGAAGCGUAGCAAACCCUAAGUGCCCCAGAAAACCGUACAUAUGGCCGUCCUUUCUCAGUAUGGUCGGUGCCUCAGAGCUAAUAUAUUAUGGAGAACUACAUCUGGGGCGAUUGCAACAGAUCCUGCACUUGUAUGGAGCCUUAUUGGAUAACAAGGACAGAGAAGUCCAAUAAUACAUGUAGUUUUCCCUUGGACCUGAGAGGCGUUUUGUUUCGCUAAUGGAGGUGAUCAAUAGAAUACAAUUUUUUGCGUUUAGUGAUUGUGGGUUGUGGCUCACACUGGCCAGCAUUGGUUAAUACGUUUAGUUAUCGGAAAUUGUUUUCCGUCAUUCAUCAGUUAUUGUAAGUUCAUGACUCCCCCAGUUUUCUUUCUUCUUCUGAAGAUUGCCUGUACCAAACUUUGCCAAGUAAACUCCUAAUAUAUUAUGACACUGAAUUUAGUCACACAA